UAGCAGAGUCCAUGAGACUCAGCGACCAGAAACGACCUGCUUCAGCUGGACGGAACCGCAGCGAAACAACGAUGUGCUCCCCGUUCUUUCCUGAUGCCUUCUGGGCUCUGAUGCUCAGUCUGCUGCUCCUCGGCAUGCCUGCAGUGCACACAGCGAAGUGUCCACAGCAGUGUGUCUGUGACCAGAUCCAGCUCACAGUGGCCUGUGUCAACAAGAACCUGACCCAGGUUCCUCCUACUGUUGAUGAGAUCACGGUUAAGUUGGAUCUUCGAGGGAAUGAUAUCCAGGAACUUCCAACUGGGGCUUUCAAGCACACUCCUUACUUAACUCACCUGUCGCUGCAGAGAUGUAACAUCCGCAAAGUGAAGGAGGGGGCUUUCCGUGGCCUUGGUCGCCUGGUCUUCCUCAACUUGGCCAAUAACAACAUUGACAUCCUUUAUCAGGAGUCAUUUGAUGGCCUUUCCUCGCUGAAGCAGCUUAUGAUUGACCGUAACCGCGUGGAGGAGAUCCAGCCUGGAGCGUUCUCUCAGCUGGGCUUCCUAAACCUUCUCUCUCUCACACACAACCAGCUGGUCUACAUCCCCAACAUGGCCUUCCAGGGCUUGCAGAACAUCAAGUGGCUACGCCUCAGUCACAACUCUCUAAACUACCUGGACACUGAGGCCUUUGCUGGUCUGUUCACACUCACCAGACUGAGUCUGGACCACAACGAGUUGCAAUUCUUCCCUACUGAAACUAUGACAAGACUGCCAGAAGUGACUCGUCUCGAUCUGAGCUACAACCCCAUGACGUACCUGGGAGAAGAGGCAGUGUCAAUGGCCAAGCUGACCCAUCUGUUCCUGGACCACAUGUCCCUGCAAGACCUGGCCAACACAGCUGUUUCUAAAUCACCAAACCUGAUCCACCUGGACAUCAGCCAUAACCAGCUGCGUGUCAUCCAGCCAUUCUCUGAAGGCUCUCCAAAGUUGGCACGUCUCAACCUAGCUGGAAACUCCAUCUACUGCACCUGCUACCUACGUCCUCUCAGAGAGUGGACAAUCCGUCGAAAGGUGAAGCUGAUGGGAACAUGUAGUGGACCGGCCCAUCUUUCAGGAGAAAACCUGGAGGCUGUUUAUCCUGUAGAGCUGCGCUGCCAGAGCCAGGAGGCCAUGUUGAAAGCAGAGUUUGAAGAAGCAACCAGGAUCACACCACCUCCCACUGAGGAGCCCAAGAACAAGAUAAAAUGUCCUGCCAACUGUGUCUGUGAGGCGGAGACACGCCACUCGUCGUGUGAAAACCGUGGCCACACCAAAGUUCCUCGAGGUUUCUCUUCCAACACGAGUCUCCUCGACCUGCGUGGCAACCACUUCCAUUACAUCUCUAGCAACAGUUUCCCUGGUGUCCCCCAGGUUGUGUCCCUGCACCUGCAGCGCUGCAAGAUUGUGGAGGUGGAGGGAGGGGCUUUCAAUGGGAUGAAGGGACUUAUAUAUCUGUACCUGUCUGAGAAUGACCUCACUUCCCUCAGCCCUGAUGCCUUUAAAGGUCUCCCUCAGCUGACAUAUCUCCACCUGGAGAAGAACCGCUUUGCUGAUUUCCCCAAACGAGCUUUCAAACUUGUACCCAGUCUGCUGGCACUUCACUUAGAAAACAACGCAAUCACAAAGCUGGAGUUGGGUAUCAUGACUGGGGCCGAGGGUCUCAGAGCCCUUUACCUAACCGGGAAUGCCAUUGAGCAGGUGUCACCCAGGGCUCUGGAUCAGGCAAAUGACCUUGAUACGCUCCAUCUGGGGGGAAACAGGCUGAAAGAGGUGCCCACUGAAGCACUAAGCAAGGCAAAGAACAUCAGGGACCUCAGGCUUUCAGGUAAUUCCAUUCGCUGGGUGGGUCCAAACGCUUUUCAGCCACUGGAAAGAUCCCUGAAGGAGUUGUAUCUGGAUAACAUGGGGCUGGAGAAAAUAUCACAGAACUCCUUGACUGGGGUGGGUCCAGGCUUGAGGAGUCUGUUCUUGGAGGGCAACCAGCUGGAAGAGGUGCCUGACUUCCACCCGCUAACUUCUCUGGAGGUCAUCAACCUGGCUGACAAUCCUCUAAUGUGUGACUGCCCUCUACUGCCACUACGAUUGUGGAUUGAGAAAGUGAAUCUCAAGGUGCGAGCCACGUGUGCCAAUCCUCCUGAACUGAAGGGUCGAAGAGUCAAGGAUGUCCAUGUCUUCAAGGCCUGUCCAGGAGGAGAAAGUCUCCCCGCCCCACGUGCAGUUACCCCAAAGCCAGCCAAGGCUCCCAAGGCUACAAAACCCAAACCAAUGCACCUCAAUGGCCUUCCGCAGGUCAAAAUAACCAAAGCUAAAUCCAAACUUCAUAAGAGUCCAAACAAAAAACAGAAGAAAACUCCCAAAACCACCAACAAACGCAGCAUGGCUUAAAAAGCUGUCUUUGCUGGAAUCUGGCUUUUGUAGGAAAGUUUUAAGAACAGUUUCCAUUUUGGAGCUGAAAUGUUCCUUCUUGCUGUCGAAUCAAUGCAAUGCUGACCAAUAUCAAAUGGACUUUUUCUGGCUUACUUUUCCAGCUAGGUCUGGAAAUUUUUAGAAAGUGACACACUGUAGAAGUGCAACAAUUUUUAAAGCAGCCAUCUAUUUUUAGCAGCUGAAAUGUCAUCUGACUUAAAGUAACUAAACAUGAUCUAUUAAUAUUUUUGUCUAGAAUCCUCUGCAGGUCAUAACCACAGUAAGUCUGAAUGUUUUGGGCCCGACCAAAGAAUGAGUUUCCUGCUUUGUGAAGCUUUGCCGGGCAUCUCACAGCAGGAAAGGAGUGCAGCUGUUCAGUUAUGUCAACUAAAUGCUAAAAGUACAACUAUAAGACUGACUGAGAUCAGCUGAUUUGCAGAAUCAGAAAGAUUUAGACUAAAUCUGAACAGGUGUCAUAUUCCUAUGAACUACAAUUCAUCCAGCAGCUUCGGUCAUAUUAUUAAAAACUAAUGUCUUUGGAAGCUCUACAUGCCUCUGCCAUCACACUGUCUUCACUGCUGCUCUCCUCCAUCUGUUCAAAGAAUGCUGUUUUACAAGUGGAUUAAGUCGCCCCUUUUCUUCUCGGUAGGGAGAAGUGUUUGUUUAGCCAACACCUGGUUUAUUCAGAAACCGGGCAAAAGCGAAACUGAUGGUGAGGGUCAUGUGGGGAAUUGGGAUUGGGGUUUAGAUAAUAGAUAAACUCCUGGACUGCUGUUUAUAUGGCUAAACUUCUUUACAUCCAGUGAUGUUAUAUUUUGUAGACAUUUCAUGUUUAUGUUUAAUUAACUCUUAUCUGCUUAAUUAACAAAGAAAUAGCCCACUUCUGUUCCUAGAAGGAUUAUUUGAGUCAACUAUGUAGAGUUAAACAUAUCAAGAGAUGAAUUUCUUGCUCAAAGUUUGAUCUGAAUAAACUUAAAACUGGGGAUUUACACUUAAAAGGUCAUCAUUAUCCGUCUGUAACUUGUGGCACAGCAAAAAUAAAAUUUUCUCAGUAUUAAGAUAUACAUGGAUUUCACUGUAAAUCACACUUGUUGAAAA